UGUGUAUCGACGCACGAUGGACGCAAUUUCUGUGCUUUCUUUUUGGGAUUUGAUCCACGCCAAGUUUUGUUUAAUUUUCAUUGCAGUGUUUUUGACGCUUACAUACAUUUUAAAACGCAGGUCUCCGAAAAAGUUACCACCAGGACCAUGGUCAUUACCAUUUAUCGGUGACAUCCUUCGUAUUGAUGCCACAAAAAUCCACUUUCAGUUGGCAAAGUUUGCUGAGCAAUAUGGAGACAUUUUUACUAUUCAUUUGGGAACAAGGAUUGUUGUCCUAAACGGCCUCAAACGAUUGAAAGAAGCCUUUAUUGAACAUGGUGAAAAUUUUGUGGAUCGGCCUUCAUUCCCAUUGGCUGAAGACAUUGUCCGUAACAAUGGUUUGGUUGUGUCCAAUGGCUAUGCAUGGAAGCAGCAGAGGAGGUUUGCUCUCAUGACACUGAAGAAUUUUGGAUUGGGCAAGAAGAGUCUUGAGUCUUCCAUCCAGGUAGAAAGUAAAUGGCUGAGUGAAGCCUUCAGGAAUGAACAAGGCCAACCAUUUGAGCCACAGUUUGUUAUUAACAAUGCCGUCUCAAACAUUAUCUGCUGUCUGGUGUUUGGUGAUCGGUUUGAGUACACGGAUCAACAAUUUCAAUAUCUGCUGAGGUUAAUGAAUGAAGCCUUCUGUUUAGAAGGAAGCAGUUGGGCGCAACUAUACAACGCAUUUCCUUGGAUAAUGCGUAAAGUACCUGGUCCCCACCAAAAAAUAUUUGAACAUUGGGAUAAGGUGAUCUCCUUUGUGAAGUUGAAAAUUAAGGAACACAAGAAUGAUUGGGACCCAUCAGUACCCAGAGACUACAUUGACUGCUUCCUGGCAGAGAUGGAAAAGUGGAAAAAUGAUGUGGAUGCGGGGUUCAAUGAAGAAAACUUGUGUUUCUGCACUUUGGAUUUAUUUGUGGCUGGAACUGAGACCACAUCCACCACAUUGAAUUGGGGCCUGUUGUUUAUGAUCAAAUACCCUGAUGUACAAGAAAAGGUGCGUGCAGAAAUAGACCAUGUGAUUGGCCAGUCGCGCUUGCCCUCCAUGGCAGACCGACCCAACAUGCCCUACACUGAUGCUGUGAUCCAUGAGAUUCAGAGGAUGGGAAACAUUUUACCCCUCAAUGUAGCCCGUAUGGCUGUCAAAGACAUGCAAAUUGGAGAAUACAUCAUACCAAAGGGUACAAUGGUGAUGGCAACUUUAUCAUCUGUGCUUUUUGAUGCGAGUGAGUGGGAGACUCCCCAAACCUUUAAUCCAGGACAUUUCCUGGAUGCAGAAGGGAACUUCAGAAGAAGGGAUGCCUUCAUGCCAUUUUCAGCUGGUAAGAGGGUGUGUCUGGGGGAGCAGCUGGCUCGGAUGGAGCUGUUCCUCUUCUUCACGUCUCUCCUCCAGAGAUUCACCUUCUCUCCCCCACCUGGAGUAGAGCCCUGUCUUGAGUACAGAAUGGGAGCCAUCCACAGCCCCAAGCCUUACAAGCUCUGUGCUGUCCCCCACUAAGCAUAAACCCGCCAUCAAAUAUGUUGUAUUGAUAACAUAACUUCCGAAUGAAAACAAAUACAGUGAUAUCUUAAACAUUAAUUAAAUGAUUAAUUUGAUUUACAGUAUCUAUUAUUGGAGGCGACAUGGCUCAGGCAGUAAGAGCAGUCGUCUGGCAGUCGGAGGGUUGCCGGUUCGACCCCCCGCCCGGGCUGUUUCGAAGUGUCCCUGAGCAAGACACCUAACCCCCAAAUGCUUCUGACGAGCUGAUUGGGGCCUUGCAUGGCAGCCAAUCGCCAUCGAUGUGUGAGUGUGUAUGAAUGGGUGAAUGGAGAAGCAUCAAUUGUACAGCGCUUUGGAUAAAGGCGUAAUAUAAAUGCCUGCCAUUUAUUGCAUUAUAUAUGUGUAACCACAAGAUAAAGAUACUGAAUUCCUCUUGGAAAGAUUCAGCAAUUAAGGGAUAAUAAUAGUGCAUAAUAAUGAAAAGAGCAAUUACUUCCCAUGUGUGA